AUGUCAGAUAAGCUUGCUGUGCUUAAAGACUAUCCAAAAGACGGUCCAGAGAUGCCAGAGCGUGAAAAGAUUGUUCGCCAAAAAGAUCGUCAUGAUCCAGGCAACGGAAGAAGAGAUAAGACAAAACGCCAGGGAAACGGCGCUGGAAACUGGGGUGAUCCAAAGGAUGACAUCAAGUACAUCAAUGAUCACGAGCCUCAGGAAGACGAAUUAGAAGAGAAAGCUGAGAAGUAA